AUGGCCUCGCCGCCCGAGGAGGACGAGGGGCUGCGGGGCUGCGAGCGGUAUGUGCAGCGGCACGGCCUGCAGCAGGCGCUGCGGGACUGCGUGGUGCGCCUGUGUGUGGCCCGGCCCGACCGGCCCCUGCGCUUCCUGCGUGAGCACUUCGAGGCGCUGGAGGAGGAAGAGAACAGACAGAUUCUGGCUCAGAAGUCGGCCGCCCAGUCGGACGCGCACGAUGAGGAGGCCUCGCCGACGCUGCCGAACCCGGCGGUGAAGGCCCGCUGCCGGCGGGGGGGCGUGAGCGCCGAGGUGUACACCGAGGAGGACGCCGCGUCCUACGUGCGGAAGGUCAUCCCCAAGGACUACAAGACCAUGACGGCGCUGGCCAAGGCCAUCUCCAGGAACGUGCUGUUCGCCCACCUGGACGACAACGAGAGGAGCGACAUAUUCGACGCCAUGUUCCCCGUCACGCACAUCGCCGGCGAGACGGUCAUCCAGCAAGGGGACGAAGGCGAUAACUUCUACGUCAUUGACCAGGGGGAAGUGGAUGUGUACGUGAACGGCGAGUGGGUGACCGGCAUCAGCGAGGGCGGCAGCUUCGGGGAGCUGGCGCUCAUCUACGGCACCCCCCGGGCAGCCACUGUGAAGGCCAAGACCGACCUCAAGCUCUGGGGUAUCGACCGCGACAGCUACCGCCGUACCCUCAUGGGCAGCACGCUGCGGAAGCGCAAGAUGUACGAGGAGUUCCUCAGCAAGGUCUCCAUCCUCGAGUCCCUGGAGAAGUGGGAGCGCCUGACGGUGGCCGACGCCCUGGAGCCCGCGCAGUUUGAGGACGGAGAGAAGAUCGUGGUGCAGGGCGAGCCCGGCGACGACUUCUUCAUCAUCACCGAGGGCACGGCCUCCGUGCUGCAGCGCCGGGCCCCCGGCGAGGAGUACGUGGAGGUGGGGCGACUCGGGCCCUCCGACUACUUCGGGGAGAUCGCGCUGCUGCUGAACCGGCCCCGGGCGGCCACCGUCGUGGCCCGCGGGCCCCUCAAGUGCGUGAAGCUGGACCGGCCCCGCUUCGAGCGUGUGCUGGGGCCCUGCUCCGACAUCCUCCAGCGCAACAUCCAGCGCUACAACAGCUUCAUCUCCCUCACCGUCUGA